GCUCCGGGCCAGGAUUCGCGAGCUCCGGCUGGAGCUGAGUUCGGAGCCUCAGUGUCCCGGACGCCCGGGGUCCGUGUGGAUGCUUCUCGGCGCUGCGUCGCCCCGUGCCGCGGUUCGGGGGAGGCCGGGGAGGCACGCGGGAGUCGGCGCGGGAGAGCCGGGACUCCGGGGUUGGCUCCAGCUGCUCACUCAGUGACUGCAGAAGACUCAUGACUGAGGGCCUGCAGAGAGGAACCGUGCUCUGGGAUUGGCCUUAAGGUGAAUCAUGUGACCCUCCCAGCCAAGGUGUCCAUUCAUGUGGAAGGGCCAAGAAAUUGGAGCAUGGCUGUGAUCAGUGGAAGUGAUUCUGUGCUUCUGAGCAAUGGCAGCAUCUCAACCAGCACUACCAAUCCCUGCCCCCUCAUCCCCAGUGAUGGAGACCUCACAGCCCAGCAGCUCACACCCAGAGAAGCCCCGAGAACAAAAGCGAGUCCAAAUGGAUGCCUGCAACUUAAUGGCACAGUUAAGUCAUCCUUUCUGCCUUUAGACAACCAAAGAACACCUCAGAUGUCAGCUCAGUGCUGCCACUCUUGUCCAUACCAUCACCCUGUGACCAGCCAUAACAAUCACCAAGAGUGCCAUCCCGAGGUUGGCCCCACAGCAUCCUCCGCUUUGGCCUCCUGUUGCAUGCAGCCACAUUCCGAAUACUCUGCAUCCCGGUGUCCAAACCAUUCACCUGUGUAUCAGGCCGCACACUGCCUCCAGCCCUCGCCAUCCUUCUGCCUUCAUCACCCGUGGCCUGACCAUUUCCAACAUCAGCCUGUACAGCAGCACCUGGCCCUCAUCAGGCCAUCCAGACCCUUCAAGUUCCCGAGAAGUUAUGCAGCCCUGCUAGCCGACUGGCCCGUGGUGGUCCUGGGCAUGUGCACUCUGCUCAUCGUGGUCUGUGCCCUGGUGGGAGUCUUAGUCCCAGAGCUUCCCGACUUCUCUGACCCACUGCUGGGUUUUGAACCACGAGGGACUGCAAUAGGCCAAAGGCUGGUCACGUGGAAUAACAUGAUGAAAAAUACAGGAUACAAAGCAACAUUGGCAAAUUAUCCUUACAAGUAUGCAGAAGAGCAAGCCAAAAGCCACCGGGAGGACAGAUGGUCAGAGGAUCAUCAUGAGAGAGAGAGAAGAGAAGUCGACUGGAACUUCCAGAAAGACAGCUUUUUCUGCGAUGUUCCAAGUGAUGGCUAUUCCAGAGUAGUGUUUGCUCCAGCAGGAGGGGAGACACUGUGGAAUUUACCUGCAAUUAAGUCAAUGUGUGAUGUGGAUAAUUCCAGGAUCAGAUCCCACCCCCAGUUCAGCGACCUCUGCCAGAGGACCACCGCUGUUUCCUGCUGUCCCAGCUGGACCCUGGGGAAUUACAUCGCCAUUCUGAAUAACAGAUCAUCUUGUCAGAAAAUUGUCGAGCGAGAUGUCUCCCACACGCUGAAGCUGCUUCGGACCUGUGCCAAGCACUACCAGAACGGUACCCUGGGGCCGGACUGCUGGGACAAGGCGGCCAGAAGGAAGGACCAGCUCAAGUGCACCAGCGUGCCGCGCAAGUGUACCAAAUACAACGCUGUGUACCAGAUUCUCCACUACCUGGUGGACAAGGACUUCAUAACCCCAAAGACGGCUGACUAUGCCGUGCCAGCUUUAAAAUACAGCAUGCUCUUCUCCCCCACCGAGAAAGGGGAGAGCAUGAUGAACAUUUACCUGGACAACUUUGAAAACUGGAACUCUUCGGACGGCAUCACCACCGUCACUGGGAUCGAAUUUGGCAUCAAGCACAGCUUGUUUCAGGAUUACCUCCUCAUGGAUACUGUGUAUCCUGCCAUAGCCAUUGCUAUCGUCCUGCUCAUCAUGUGUGUCUACACCAAGUCCAUGUUUAUCACUCUGAUGACCAUGUUCGCCAUCAUCAGCUCCCUGAUCGUCUCCUACUUCCUCUACCGAGUUGUAUUUAACUUUGAAUUCUUUCCCUUUAUGAACCUCACGGCACUCAUCAUCUUGGUCGGAAUUGGCGCGGACGAUGCUUUUGUCCUGUGCGAUGUCUGGAACUACACCAAAUUCGACAAGCCUCGUGCAGAGACGUCAGAGGCGGUGAGCAUCACCUUGCAGCACGCGGCCCUCUCCAUGUUCGUCACCAGCUUCACCACGGCCGCUGCCUUUUACGCUAACUACGUUAGCAACAUCACAGCAAUCAGGUGCUUCGGGGUAUACGCAGGGACCGCUAUAUUGGUGAAUUAUGUCUUGAUGGUCACCUGGCUUCCAGCUGUCAUUGUCCUGCAUGAGCGGUACCUCCCCUCCAAUAUAUUCAGCUGCUUCAGAAAGCCCCAGCCACAAGCCUAUGACAAGAGCUGCUGGGCAGUGGUCUGUCAGAAGGGCCGCAAGGUCCUUUUUGCCGUUUCGGAAGCAUCUCGAAUUUUUUUUGAAAAGGUGUUACCAUGCAUCGUCAUCAGGUUUCGCUACCUUUGGCUCGUCUGGUUCCUUGCCCUCACGAUAGGUGGGGCCUACAUCGUGUGCAUAAACCCAAAGAUGAAGCUGCCUUCAUUGGAGUUAUCUGAAUUCCAGGUGUUCAGAUCCUCUCAUCCUUUCGAGCGCUAUGACGCUGAGUUCAAGAAGCUUUUCAUGUUUGAGAGGGUCCACCACGGAGAGGAGCUCCAUAUGCCCAUCACGGUCAUCUGGGGUGUGUCCCCAGAAGACAGCGGCAACCCUCUGAACCCCAAGAGCAAAGGGAAGCUGACACUAGACAGCACUUUCAACAUUGCUAGCCCAGCCUCCCAGGCCUGGAUUUUGCACUUCUGUCAAAAACUGAGGAACCAGACAUUCUUCUACCAGACUGACCAGCAGGACUUCACCAGCUGUUUCAUUGAGACCUUCAAGCAGUGGAUGGAGAACCAGGACUGUGAUGAGCCUGCCCUGUACCCCUGCUGCAGCCACUGCAGCUUUCCCUAUAAGCAGGAGGUGUUCGAACUGUGCAUCAAGAAGGCCAUCAUGGAGCUGGACAGGAGUACAGGGUACCAUCUGAAUAACAAGACCCCCGGGCCCAGGUUUGAUAUCAACGAUACCAUCAGGGCUGUGGUGCUGGAGUUCCAGAGCACCUUCCUCUUCACAUUGGCUUACGAGAAGAUGCAGCAGUUCUACAAGGAGGUGGACUCGUGGAUUUCCAGCGAGCUGAGUUCGGCGCCUGAGGGCCUCAGCCACGGCUGGUUUGUCAGCAACCUGGAGUUCUAUGACCUGCAGGACAGCCUGUCCGACGGCACCCUCAUUGCCAUGGGGCUCUCAGUGGCUGUUGCGUUCAGCGUGAUGCUGCUGACCACGUGGAAUAUCAUCAUAAGCCUUUACGCUAUCAUUUCCAUAGCUGGAACCAUAUUUGUCACGGUUGGGUCCCUCGUCCUGCUGGGCUGGGAGCUGAAUGUGCUGGAGUCGGUCACCAUCUCGGUUGCAGUCGGCUUGUCUGUAGACUUCGCCGUCCAUUACGGGGUGGCUUAUCGCUUGGCUCCAGAUCCCGACCGUGAGGGCAAGGUCAUCUUCUCUCUGAGUCGGAUGGGCUCUGCGAUUGCUAUGGCUGCACUGACCACUUUUGUGGCGGGGGCCAUGAUGAUGCCGUCCACGGUCCUAGCUUACACCCAGCUGGGCACCUUCAUGAUGCUUGUCAUGUGCAUCAGCUGGGCCUUCGCCACCUUCUUUUUCCAGUGCCUGUGCCGGUGCCUUGGGCCACAGGGCACCUGUGGCCAGAUCCCUCUGCCUAAAAAGCUCCAGUGCAGUGCCUUUUCCCACACCUUGUCUGCAGAUCCUGGUGACAGGGGACCAAGUGAAACGCCCACCGCCAGUGCUUACCGUGUAGACGCCAGGGGCCAAAACUCUGAACUGGAGCAUGAGUUUUAUGAGUUACAACCCCUGGCAUCUCACAGCUGCACCGCCUCCGAGAAGAACGCUUAUGAAGAGCCACACAUCUGCUCCGAAUUUUUCAAUGGCCAAGCCAAGAACUUAGGGAUGCCCGUGCCUGCAGCCUAUAACAGCGACCUCACCAAAAGCCCCAGAAAUGAGCCAGGCUCAUCCUUGUUACAGCCCUGUCUGGAGCAGGACGCCAUGUGUCACCUCUCUCUCAAUCAGAGGUGUAGCUGCCCAAAUGCCUACACACACUUAAAAUAUGGCCCUCACUCUUGCCAUCAGAUGACUGCAGGUGACUCCUUAUGCCACCAGUGUGCUUCCACUGCUAGCAGCUUUGUCCAGAUUCAGAAUGUGGUGGCGCCUCUGCAGGCCACACACCAGGCUGCCGAGGUCCUUAUGCAUCCCGCCCGGCACAUGCUGCCACCAGGGAUGCAGAAUUCUCAGCCGAGGAAUUUUUUUCUCCACCCAGUGCAGUGCAUUCAGGCCCAAGAACAGCUUGGUCACAGCGGCAUACACAAUCUUCAGAGCAUGGAUGACCAUCUUCCCAGGACAGCGGAGCCAUUACAGUCGGUCAGCAGGAGCGCUGAGUCUUUCCAAAGAGCCUGUUGCCAUCCUGAGAAUAACCAAAGGGGACUCUGCAAAAGCAGAGCCACGGGGGACACCGAGGGCAGUGGAGGGACAGAAACCAAGGUCCCUAGUUUACCAAACCAGGCUGACAAGGCGCAGAAGGUGGAGCCCAGCCUGCCCCAGGCUGAUGAAAAUGUGAACUCAGAACACUCCAAUCACAAUGAACCAAAGUUUAUAUUCAGCCAUUUCAUAGGGAAGGCUGGCUACAGGGCCUGCCCAAACAGUCCACAAAGUUGCAGAGGCAUUGUGAGAUUUAAGUGCAGUUCCACAGACUGCCGGAUGCCAAACCUCGAAGCCACUGUGCCUGCUGUACCAACACAAUCAGAACUGUCGGGCGAAAGCUUGUUAAUAAAAACGCUAUAAUAAAUCUAGCAUUGCAUUCAGAAGCACUGCCUCCGUCGUUCUUUUGAAUCAGGAGUGAGAUGAUCUAGGAGCUUAGAAAAGGAGGCUCACAACAUGUUUCACAUGUCACCGUGUUUACAGUCCAGAAUAUUUUCAUAUUCCAUCUGAAUGGUGAACGAACGCACAGAUCUAGUAAGCGAGUUAAGAUUAUUGGGUUUUCAGGUUACUGGGGGUUGUUUUUGGUUUUUCUUGGGGUUUAUUUUUAUUUAUUCAAAAUGUAGUUCUUGUACAUUCCUACCCAUCUUGACCGACCGCUCUUCUACUCUCCUGAGGCAGUGAAUGAGAUUGAAGGUGUGAGUUAGCUAGAAGGUUUGGUUCUCUCAGACAGUCAGUUACCUGGCAUCUUCAGUGAGGUGCAUUUGGCUGAUGGUAAUUAAGUCUUCUUGUUGCUUGGCAUAAACAUUAGGACCCAAAUUAACAGAGAUACUUCAGUUAGAAACCAGGAACUAGGCAGCAUUAAAAUAUAUGUUAAGUAAAAGUCCAUGCCAAGCACCUUAAUAGUACAUUCCAUUUGUCUUGAUAGGUGCCCCACAUGAAGCCUAUGGCAUGUUUAUAUCCAAAUUGGUAUCUUUCCACGUCAACUAGAUGGACAGUGGCUGUUAAACCUCCUAACCUAGGAGUCAUGGGCAUCACCUUGUGUCAGGCGAUGGUUGUGUUAGUACCACAGAAAGAAGUGUGAAGAGCUGUGAUCAUCCAUGGAGCACUGUGCUUCAGGGGUCUAUUGAGUGAUGACAAAGAUGGACCCAGGUCAGAUUUGUCCGGGCCUCCCAAAACCUUCAGAGUAAGGGACCUUGUUAUAUGGAGUGUUGCCUCCAUCUCUGGUCUUAAGGGGCCAUGUUCAUAAGGCUUUGCUCGCCUGUGUCCCAAGACUUGUUAGGAUAGCUUCACCAUACAGCUGACACCUGGGAAUGCUGUGCCUUUGGGCAGCAUCUUUGAUGACAACAUGUCAUGUAUCAGAUCAGACUGUGGUGGGAGCUGUUGGUGUGUCCCUUCUGGGUAGUAUGUCAGAUGACA